UUUUCUUGACCAGUAAUUCAGCCAAAGCUUUUGGAAGGUCCCCAUCUAGAAAGCAGAACUACUCUUCUAAAAGUGAAAAUUCCGUGGAAGAAAGUUUUGAGGAUCUGCUCUUGAAGUAUAAGCAGAUACAAUUAGAGCUUGAGUACAUUAAUAAAGAUGAAAGACUGGCUUUGAGCAGCAGGGAAGAGAAUGAACAGCAAGAGGAUGAUAAAACAGUGGACACUGAGGACCAAAUAACUGUAGAAAAUGACAGUAUUACAACGGAUACUAUAAAAGAAGUAUCUCCUGAGGAGAAAAAUCCGGUUUUAGGCUUUCAGGCGUUUGAACUGAAACCUCUCAGACAAAAACUGCCUACGCCAGCUGAGAGGAGUAGAUUAAAAAAAGGCAAAGAAGGAACAAAACAGUCAUCACAGAAAUCUGAAGUCACAGAAUCCAGCCAAGGUACAGAAGAAAAAGAACAAACAUCAGUGCGAAAGCUUAACAGUUCAGAUGUUGCAUCUGAAAAGAAGCUGCUUGAUGAUGAGGAGGAGAUGUCUGAAUUGCAACUUAGGCUUCUUGCACUUCAAUCUGCUAGUAAAAAAUGGCAACAGAAAGAACAACAGGUGAUGAAGGAAAGCAAGGAAAAAUUAACAAAAACGAAAAGUGUAACACAGAAAAUCAAAGCCAGUACAAAAGCCCAUUCAACAAAAAAAACUAGUGCUACAGCCAAACAAGGUCUGAGGAAACAGCAGACAAAGACAUCAAAGAAGAUGCAGCAGCAAAAGGAACAAGACAGGCGUCAGAAAGAGGAAGACCUGAGGAAACAAGAAGAGGAAGAGGAGAGAAGAAAGAGAGAAGAAGAAAUCAGAAAAAUCAGGGACCUCUCAAAUCAAGAAGAGCAGUAUAAUCGAUUUAUGAAGCUAGUUGGAGGAAAGAGGAGAUCGAGAAGCAGGUCUUCAGAUAUGGACUUGAGAUGGUCUUUGGAUAAGCAGCCUACAGAUAGUGCAGGAGGCAUAUAUCAGUAUGAUAAUUAUGAUGAAGUUGCUAUGGAUACAGAUAGUGAAACUAACUCUCCAGCUGCUUCUCCAGUGCAGCCUCCUUUCUUUGAGUGUCCAUUGGGGUACUAUCCACCUCCAAUACCACCAAUUUCCUUGCCACUGCCACCUCCAAUUCCUCCUAUACCAUCUUUGAACCAACUUUACGUGGAGGGUAUUUCAUGUGUUUCUCUUGAGCCACCUCCACCUCUUCCACCUCUUCCCCCUGAAGAGCCUGAACAGCCACCAAAACCUCCAUUUGCAGAUGAGGAAGAGGAAGAGGAGAUGCUCUUAAGAGAAGAACUACUCAAGUCACUAGCCAACAAACGAGCUUUCAGAUCUGAGGAAACGUCAAGUAACAGUGGUCCACCUUCCCCUCCUGUUCCAGAUAAUUUGCAGUCUGUGCCAAGGAGCAAUCUGUCCGCUGUCAGUAUUAAUACUGUGUCUCAGCCACGGGUACAAAAUACAAAGUUUGUUAGAGUGCCGAGGCUUCCACGAGCAGUGAUCACACUUCCAAAACACAAGUCUGUUGUGGUUACAUUAAAUGACUCCGAUGAUAGUGAGUCCGAUGGAGAGCCGUCUAACUCAGCUAACAGUGUGUUUGGAGGACUAGAAUCUAUGAUAAAAGAAGCAAGGAGAAAUGUUGAGGCCUCAAAAAUCAAAGCCCCUCCAAAAUCAGAAAAAGAAAAUGAUCCGAUGAGAACUCCAGAGGCUCUACCAGAAGAUAAGAAGAUAGAGUACAGACUCUUAAAAGAAGAGAUUGCCAGUCGUGAGAAGCAACGCUUAAUUAAGUCUGAUCCACUGAGGAACAAUUCAUCCCCUGCAAAUUCUGAUGGUGAAGUUGAUGGAAUUGGGAGAAUAGCAGUAGUGACAAAACAAGUCACAGAAGCAGAAGGGAAGCUUAAGAAAAACAGACUACUGUUGAUGAAGGAUGAAUCUGUCUUGAAACACUUGUUGCAACAACAGGCCAAGAAGAGAGAGAAUGUUAGAAUUGCUGAAAAUAAGAUAAACAAACUGGCUGAACAGCUACAAGCAACAGAGAAGAUCUUGAAUGCUAAUAAGAUGUUUCUCAAGAAGCUUCAGGAACAAAUUCAUAAGGUUCAACAACGAGUCACAGUAAAAAAGGCUCUGGCAUUAAAAUAUGGAGAAGAACUUGCUCGAGCAAAAGCAGUAGCAAGUAAGGAAAUUGGGAAACGAAAACUGGAACAAGAUCAUCUUGGACCAAGCAAAAUGUUGAAAUUGGAAAACUCCCCUGCAUCAAGUCCAAAAAAGCAUUCAGCAGAAUUGAUUGCACUAGAGAAAAAACGACUGCAGCAACUAGAAUAUGAAUAUGCUCUAAAGAUUCAGAAAUUGAAAGAGGCCCGUGCACUUCAAACCAAGGAACAAUCAAAUAUUGCGCCUCAUGCAGAAGAGGAAUCUGAAUUUGCAUUACCUCAGCCAUCACUUCAUGAUCUUACACAGGAUAAAUUGUCUUUGGACAGUGAAGAAAACUACUUCGAUGAUGAAGUUCUGUCUCAUUCAAACCGAGAACGAAGGAGAUCUUUCAGAGAAUCCAAUUCUUUCACUAAACCAAAUCUUAAACACGUGGACACUCCAAAACAAGAAACUAUAAACAAACUUUCUAAAAAGGCAUCAGAGGAGCCUGAGCUGUUCCUUGGGUUGAAUAUUGAUGAACUGAAAAAACUUUAUGCUAAAGCUGACAGCUUGAAAGAGCUGUUAGUGAAAAGUACUGCCUUUAUAGUACCUAAGGAACAUCUGUUGUGUGGUCAGGAAAUUUCAGUGGACAUGGAUUUUGUUACGUCGCAAAGUAAACAAACUGAAGUGAAACCAUUUCCAUUUGGACCAUAUCAUAGUCCUCUUCUAGUAUUUAAAUCCUACAGGUUUAGUCCGUAUUUUCGAACCAAGGAAAAGCUGUACCUCAGUUCAGUAACAUACAGCAAUAUGAUUGAGCCAAAACAGUGUUUCUGCCGUUUUGAUUUAACGGGCACAUGUAACGAUGAUGACUGUCAGUGGCAGCACAUGAAAGAUUGCACCCUUAGCCGUAAGCAGCUGUUUCAGGAUAUUCUGUCUUACAAUUUAGAACUGAUUGGCUGUUCAGAAAAAAGCACUGAUGAGGAAAUCGGCACUGCCACAGAAAAAUAUGUUGAAAAACUUUUUGGUAUAAACAGAGACCGUAUGUCAGUGGAUCAGAUGGCUGUUCUUCUGGCCAGCAACAUCAACGAGAGUAAAAGUCACACACCUCCGUUUACAACGUGGAAAGAUAAAAGGAAGUGGAGACCAAAGUACUGGAGAAGACCUCUGUUAGAUAGUAGCAGCGGUGAAGAGGAACAGUUCAUUGGACCUGUUAAAUAUGCCCAUCCCACAGAACAUAAAAAAAGAGUUCCAGCUCUUGAUGCCGUGGUGACUCCAGAUGAUGUCCGAUAUUUUACAAGUGAGACUGAUGACAUUUCCAACUUGGAGGCAAGCGUCCAAGAAAACCCCUGUGAUGUCCAGCUUUGGAUUAAACUCGCAUACAAAUACUUGAAUCAAAGUGAAGGGUCAUCAUCUGAAUGUUUAGAUUCUGCUUUAAAUGUUUUGGCUCGAGCCCUUGAGAACAACAAAGAAAAUCCUGAAAUUUGGUGUCAUUACCUCAGACUCUUCUCAAAAAGAGGAACCAAGGAAGAGAUACAGGAAAUGUGUGAAACAGCAGUGGAAUAUGCACCUUCUUAUCAAAUCUGGUGGACAUUUUUGAAUCUGGAGAAUUCCUUUGAUGGAAAAGACUAUGUGUGUGGGAGGAUGCUACAGUUCCUAAUGGAAGUGACAGAGGGAGAAGAAAAUCCAAACCUCCUGUCCUUUCAGCUGCUGGAGACUCUUCUGUACAGGGUUCACUUAAACCUGUUUACAGGAAGACAUCAGAAUGCUCUUGUUCUGCUGCAGAAUGCUUUAAAAUCGGCAAAUGAAAAGAUAAUAUCAGAGCGCCUUACUGUAAGUGACCGUUGCUUGGCUUGGCUGGCUUACAUACAUCUAACUGAAUUUGGCAUUCUCCCAGUCAAGUUCUAUGAUCCAGCUAAUGUCAAUCCUUCAAGGAUCGUGAACAAAGAGCCAUUUUUAAUACCAUGGCAAACAGUUCAAGAUGUGAAGACCAAUCCUGAUAUACUGUUAGCUAUGUUUGAAGAUGCGGUCAAAACAUGUACUGAUGAAAGCCUUGAAGCUGACCAAAGAAUAUCUAUCUGCUUUCCUAUAUAUAGAAAUAUGAUCGCUUUGCUGAAGCUUCUUGAAAGGUGGGAGUCUGCUGCAGAACUUUGUAGAUCUUUGUUGGAGCUCUGUCCUAACAGCUGUCAGCUCUUGGAGAGUUUGGCCACCUUGUAUUUGCAGAUGGGGCAGAGUGACAAUGCCUACGAAGUAUGGAUUGGAGCUUUUGAGAAGAAUCCCCAGAAUGCAGAAAUCUUUUAUCAUUUGUGUAAAUUCCUUGUUUCACAGGAAAGGUCAAGCAGUAUUCUUCCGCUGUUGCAAGAUUUCGUGGCAGCUUUCUUUGAGAAUACGUGCCAACAGCACAGUCCCAUGGAUCUCUUAAGAUAUCUCUUGAAUUUUCCAAUGCCAAUUGAAUUUACAUCACCUCUCUAUAAAGAACAUCUUACAGAUGAUGUUAUAAACCAGCAAAUCCCGUAUCUGUGGCAGAUAUACUGUUUGUGCCAGUCUCUUCACGCAAGUGUUGGUGAAGCACUGGAUGCUUACGAAGCAGCUCUUGGGGCAGUGAUGCAGCAGGAAACUGUUCAGAACAUCUGGCUGGAAUACCUUGUUUUUAUCAAUAGCAAAGUUGUUGGAUCCAACAACAAAGUUCAAGAAUUCAAGCUUUUUACUGACCUAGUGAACAGAUGUCUGGUUACAGUCCCUACAAAAUACCCAAUUCCUUUUAGUACUGCUGAUUAUUGGACCAAUUAUGAAUUCCAUAAUAAGGUAAUUCUUUUUUAUUUGAGCUGCAUUCCGAAAUCUCAACAUUCCAAAGCCUUGGAACGGUUUUGUUCUACCAUGCCUGCUAAUCCAGGACUUGCACUGAGACUACUUCUGCGAUACUGGGAGGAGAGCAGUGUUCAGAUUCUGAAACUGCAAGCCAAGAUGUUUACAUAUAAUAUCCCAACAUGCCUGGCCAUCUGGAAAAUAGCCAUUGCUGCCGAGUGCUUUCUAAUGGGACAAAGAGAA